AGGCCUCCGCAAAAUUCCCCAUCGCCGUCGUCUGCCUCCGCAAGCGCCUCGGAACCCUAGCCCACCGGCGACCCCUCCGGAUCCGACGCGCACAUCCGGCGGAAUCGGCCGCUGCUACCCCGUCGUCGCGCUCCGGCACCUCCGCUCCCCGGCGUUCUCCGCCCGACUUCUCCGCGUGCGAUCUCCCCCCGGCUGAGUCCAGAGGAAUCGCUUGGUGGAGGCUUCGUCUACGCCCGCCCGGCGUCGAAUCGAAGGGAUCCGCGAGCCUGCCGUCGUCUGAGACGCUGAUCGCCGAUCGCGCCUCCCCGUAGAUCGAAUUUGAUCUGUACCUCUUCGAUUUUGUGUAUUUCAUUUGAGAAAAAAUAUUCAGGCCAUCCCGUCAUAAUUGUGAGGAAGGCCUUUUGCGAGGAAACAGACUCGCCAUCCAUCAUGGGUGUUGUGUACUACCAAUAUAAGAGUGAAAAGGAGAUCUGUUCCAUGCCUGUGCCCUAUACUUUUAUAUCUGUCUCUGAACUCAAGCAGCUUAUCAUGACGAGCGGUAAGUACGGCCGUGGACGAACCCGCGGCCGUCCCAUGGACGAUAUUGCCAUCUCCAACGCCCAGACUGGCGAAGAAUAUGCAGAUGAAAGGGCAAUGGUACUACAGAACACACAUGUGCUGGUCCGAAGAAUUAACAUUCCUGGACAACUGUCAGAGAAAAUCGUCUUAUCCCCAGCGCGGAAAGUCACAGAAGGAUGUUCUGUACCUUCAAGCGAGUCAGUGGUUACUGAUUUAGGCUCAAAAUCGUGUGCCUCCAUAGGCGUGCAGGAUGAAGAUGCUGCAAUCACGGCGGUGAUUGAUGCGGCUGAACUCAAAUUGGAACAGUACCCAGCUAAAAGGGGACAGGGUAGUGGAAGGUUUGCAUCAGGAAGAAACUAUGGAGGGGAAGUGGAGACACCUCCACUAGGGUACGUCUGCCGCUCUUGCGGUGUUCCAGGCCAUUUCAUUCAACACUGUCCACAGGAAAGCAAGACACCUCCCGCUGGAUACAUCUGCUACAGAUGCCGAAUCCCAGGGCAUUUCAUUCACCAUUGCCCCACCAUUGGGGAUCCUAAGUUCGAUAAUAAUAAAAUGAGUCGGUCCCUUGCGCCAGUAGUAACUGUAAGUCCUGUCAAUGGCAUUCUGGAAGCACUUGUCCCGGCUGCACCAGUUAGUGCUGUUGAUGACUUGCCAGCAGAGCUCCACUGUCGACUGUGUAAAAAAGUGAUGAUAGAUGCAGUAUUGACAAGCAAGUGCUGUUUUGACAGUUUUUGUGAUAAAUGUAUUCGGGAUUACAUUAUUACAGAGUCGAAGUGCAUUUGUGGAGUCAAGGCGCUAGCAGAUGACCUCAUUCCCAAUCAAACACUUCGGAGCACAAUCAACAAUAUGUUGGGAACAAGAGCUAGCACUGGUGGAAGUGGCACAACAACGCACAGAAGUUCAUCAGGCAGCAACCCUGUUCCCAGAUUACAGAACCACACCCCUUCUGCUGCCUCAGAAAGGGUGAUGAAGCAAUCGACAGACCUUGAGCUGUCAGCAGCAUCUGCACUUGAUGAUGGACUCCAGGUUGCCACAACCGGUGAUCUAAUGAAUCAACCUCAAGAGAAAUUGGCAGCCAAUGUUGAUAUCGCGAGCAAAGACAAAGGCAAUUCCACAGAAGUGUCAACAGAGAGGACUGUAGCAGGUUCUGAGGUAAUUGAAGUAAAAGAUGGAAGUGGAUCAACAUUAAAGGUCACUACUGUUUCAGGGGUCCUAGAGCACAUUGCCACAAGGACAGAUCAACCGAAGAAGAAGCGGAAGAAGGUAGACUCAACAAAGAAUGUUCAACCUAACAAUGUUGACCAUGGUUACAAUGUUCCAUUUGACCCAGCAUAUUACAACCCUUUCAUCAGUGGGUAUUCUUGGGUAACUGAACCUUACAUGUAUGGCUCAAUGGGAAUGCCUUACGGUGGUUAUCCAAUGGUCCCAUAUGGUGUAAAUUACUUCAACGGCAUGCCACCACAGGCUCCUGGAAUGCCAGGCUAUCCAGCAAGCUAUCAGAGGCCUGAAACUCAGCCCACACAUCACUGGGGCACAGAAGCUGUUGCGUCACAUUCAAGGCAGGCUGAGAGGCCCAAGGACACUCGUGUUCACCCCCAAUCUUCAGAGAACAACUGCCAACUGGGUUCUCAUGGUUCAGAAUCGAGGAACAGAACCAGGUCAAGCUCUGAGAGAAGGGACCAUGGGCGUCCUAACAGGUCCUCAGAUGACUACCACGAGGAUCAGUCAAGUAGGAAGAGAAUGCGUGAUUCUUCUCCAAUGUAUGGCGACAAACACAGCGGCCGGAGGUCGAGACACAGUUCCAGGAGUAUGACUCGUGAGGAGGAUGCAAGCGAUGAUGAGUGCAACUUCAAGAGGAGGUGGGGGCGCAGAUCAGUUGGAGUGGAUACAAGGCACUGAAUGAAGAUGUCAACUUAGGGGAGGACCAAGUGGAGGAUUGCUGAUCGGCGAUGCUCUCUAUAGAUUUUUUAUUACUUGUAAUUGUAUGUAUGCAUCUGGAAGCCAUGGGAGCUUCUGAAAAAACAGGGAAGAACUUGCAGGUUUUCCCCAACAGAAAUGUAAUCAGCUAUUCAUGUACUACCAAUAAUCUGUUCUUGAGAGCAUUGCCAGCUCUCGCCUCUGUAAUGCAAUGUCUUCAAAGAUGAAUGGAAUUUCUCUGAUUUCUGAGUUAA